AUGGUAGUUGACAAAGAGUUUAGAAAACUAUGGAAAGAAGACUUUUUCUGCUUGGUCUCCUGGCUCAGACUGAAAAACAGUGAGUGGGAGCCGUGCCCAGGCAAAAUUAGGCCGACAACUGGAUGUAUCCGAAAGCAGAACGGACCAGCUCAGGAGUUAGUGGGUUCCCUCUUGCUACUCUUUAAGGUGUCAGAAAACAGAUACCUUCCCACUAAGAGAGGGCUCCUCAUUUCCUGUGUGGCCUUCCUUGUGCUUGGCAGUAUUGCAGCUGUCCUGGGUCUUUCUAUUACCUUUGGAAUACCUGCGAAACCUGCAAGCCCAUCAUACCAACAAUGUCAAACAGCUUCAAAGCAGCUUGGCUUCUUGUGUGAUGACCUCACUACCUGCUUACCACCAUCCCGGCUUUGUAAUAGAAAGCUAGACUGCAGUCACGGUGAAGAUGAAUCCACAGCAUAUUGCGGUCAAAUGCCCAGCAGUCUCCCUCAAAACUUGCUAUUCCAGUGUCCUAACCAGAAGUCAUGGACUUACAUAGAUAAAGUCUGUGACAUGAGGAACGACUGUGGAGAUUGUUCAGAUGAAUCAGGUUUGCAGUGCCCAACCUGUUCAGGCUGGAAGUGCAAUACGGUUUUCUUUGCUGAUUGUGACUGCAUUCCCAAAGUACGCUGCAAAGAUGGUAUACAAGACUGUGCUGACUGGAGUGAUGAAAACACAUGUGCAUAG